GCGCCGAGCAGCGCCGCCGCCGCGGCGGCGGAUGGCGCCUCGUCGACCCCGCGCGCGUCCGGCAUGGCGUCGUCGGCGUCGCUCCGGCACCGCGCCAUGAGCGCCUCCUCCAAGAUGCUCCGGAGCUCCAUGAGCCGCCGGUCCGGCCGGCAGCGCAGCAGCAAGGUGAUGUCCGUGGCCAUCGAGGACGUGCGCGACGCCGAGGAGAUGGCCUCCGUCGACGCCUUCCGGCAGACCCUCGUCCUCGAGGAGCUCCUCCCGGCCCGCCACGACGACUACCACAUGAUGCUCCGCUUCCUCAAGGCCCGCAAGUUUGAGAUCGACAAGUCCAAACAGAUGUGGUCCGACAUGCUCCAGUGGCGCAAGGAGUUCGGCACCGACACCAUCAUGGAGGAUUUCGAGUUCGAGGAGGUCGACCAGGUGCUGGAGCACUACCCGCAGGGGCACCACGGGGUGGACAAGGACGGGCGGCCGAUCUACAUGGAGAAGCUGGGCUCCAUCGACACCACCAAGCUAUUGCAGGUCACCAGCAUGGACCGGUACGUCCAGUACCACGUCAGGGAGUUCGAGAGGGCCUUCGCCAUCAAGUUCCCGGCAUGCUCCAUCGCUGCCAAGCGCCAUGUCGACCAGAGCACCACCAUCCUCGACGUCUCCGGAGUGGGGUACAAAAACUUCAACAAGGCCGCGAGAGAUCUCAUCGGCCGCCUCCAAAAGGUUGAUGGGGAUAACUAUCCUGAGACACUAUGCCGAAUGUUCAUCAUCAAUGCCGGUCAGGGGUUCAGGCUCCUGUGGAACACCGUCAAGUCCUUCCUUGAUCCCAAGACCACGGCCAAGAUCCAUGUCCUUGGCAACAAGUACCAGCCGAAGCUCCUGGAAGUCAUUGAUCCCAGUGAAUUGCCUGAUUUCCUCGGAGGCACCUGUGUAUGCGAAGGCGGUUGCAUGCGCUCUGACAAAGGGCCGUGGAAGGACCCUGAAAUCCUAAAGAUGGUGCAAUGUGGAAUGGGGAGAUGCGGAAUGAAUAGCUCGGACCCUGUCAGUGCCGAGGAGAAGAUUGUCACCGAAGACGACACCAUGCCAGUUAUAAAGAAGCAAGAUUCGAUGAGACGUGAUGCCGUCGACUCUCCCAAGGUGGCGCGUGACAAGAUCGAACACCCGCCGCAGAUGUCUCCCCUGCAUGAGAUGUCAACUUCAGAGCCGAAGGCUGCACCUUCUGGCAAAGAGGGAGGCUCCGGGCCCUACGACGACGUGUUCCCCAUGGUGGACAAGAACAUGGAGUUCAACUGGAACGGCGAGGUCAGCCCCGAGAAGCUCGCGCUCGCCAGAGAUAUGUACGCAUCGCUGCCGGAUGCGUACAAGCACGGCGACGCGGGGGACCGGCAGGCGGUGACGGGGAUCAUGGCGUUCGUGAUGGGGGUGGUGGCCAUGUUCCGGGUGGGCAAGAUCGCGCCGAAGCGGGCUAUGGACGCCGCCAUGGGCAUCGCCACCAUGGAGGCCAUGGCCAAGAACCGCAAGCUCCUGCAGGCCCAGCAGGGCGGGCAGGGGCCGGCGGUGGUUGCGGUGUCGGCGGCGCAGUUUGAGGCGCUGGUGAAGCGGGUGGGUGACCUGGAGGAGAAGGUGGCUGCAUUCAGCUCCCGGCCCCCUGAGAUGCCCGCCGACAAGGCGGAGCUGCUCGCCGCCGCUGCCACCAGGCUCGAUGCUCUCGAGGCCGAGCUUGAGACCACCAAGAAGGAUCUGGAGACGUCGAAAGGGCAGCAGGAGGAGGUGCUGGCGUACAUCGAGAAGAAAAAGAAGAAGAAAGGGAUGCAGAACCCGUUCCGUUGGUGA